AUGCGGCUGCCGCCGAGCCCUCCCGGCGCCAUCCCGUUCCUCGCCCACCUCCACCUCAUCAAGAAGCCAUUCCACGCGCACGCUGUCCGGCCUCGCCCAGCGCCACGGGCCCGUCUUCACCCUGCGCUUCGGCUGCCGCGACGCCGUGGUCGUGACAUCCCCGGCGUGCGCCAGGGAGUGCUUCACGGAGCACGACGUGACCUUCGCCAACCGCUCGCUGCUCCCCUCGCAGAGGCUCGUGACCUUCGACGGCGCCGCGUUCGGCACCGCCAGCUACGGGCCGCACUGGCGCGACCUCCGCCGCAUCGCCGUGGUGCAGCUCCUCUCGGCACGCCGCGUCGGCGGCAUGUAGGGCGUCAUCUGCGGCGAGGUGCGCGCCAUGGUGCGGCGGCUGCACUGCGCGACGACGACCGCGGGCGGCGGCGGCCCCGCGCGGGUCGAGCUGAAGCGCAGGCUGUUCGAGGUCUCGCUCAGCAUCCCCUCAUGGAGGCCAUCGCGGAGACCAAGGCGGUGCGCCCGGAGUCAGACGCGGACGACGACACCGACAUGUCGCCAGAAGCGCAGGAGUUCAAGCAGGUCAUCGACGAGGUCUUCCCGUACGUCAGCUCGGUCUGGUGGGACUACCUGCCUGUGCAGCGGUGGUUCGACGUGUUCGGUGUGAGGAACAAGAUCCUGGCUGAGCGGCGGAGGAUGGGCGACGGCGUCUACAGCGAGAAAAAGAGCCUGAUCGCCGUGCUGCUCACACUGCAGAAGCUAGAGCCGGAGGUUUACACUGACACCAUGAUCACGGCUUUUGGCUCGAACCUAUUUGGAGCUGGAACAGAGACGACGUCGACCACAGUCGAAUGGGCGAUGUCGCUGCUGCUGAACAACCCAGGGACACUCGAAAAGGCACGAGCUGAGAUCGACGCGGCCGUGGGGCGCUCCCGCUUGAUCAACGCGGGCGACUUGCCGCGUCUCGGCUACCUCAGGUGCAUCAUCGCCGAGACGCUCCGCCUCUACCCCGCCGCGCCGCUGCUACUCCCGCACGAGUCGUCCGCGGACUGCAAGGUCGGCGGCUACGACGUCCCGCGCAGCACGGCGCUGCUGGUGAACGUGUACGUGAUCCACAGGGACUGUUCGUGGCGCAGCACGGCGCUGUGGGAGGAGCCGGGCAGGUUCGUGCCGGAGCGGUUCAAAGGCGGGAAAGCCGAGGGGCUGUUCGUGGCGCCAUUCGGGAUGGGGCGGCGCAAGUGUCCCGGAGAGGCGCUCGCGCUGCAGACGGUUGGGGUGGCGCUGGGGUCCCUGAUCCAGUGCUUCCACUGGAGCAGAGUCGACGGCGUGGACGUUGACAUGAGCGAGGGCAGCGGACUGAGCAUGCCCAAGGCUGUUCCGCUGGAGGCUUUGUGUAGAACUCGUGAGGCUAUGUAUGACGUUCUUCAGAAGCUCUGA